GGUUCGGCUGCCGGGCUUCGACUGGGCCAGCGUGUGCGACGCCGGAUUCGACGACCUCGCCGCAGGUGGUGUGCCGGAGCCUGGGGUACGAAGGCGAAGCUGUGGCCACGCGCGGCGCCGACCCGCCCGGACCCUUGUGGAACGUCGCCCUCGACUGCACGGGCGCCGAGACGCAGUUGCAUCAGUGCAGACUUCGGCUCAUGAAUGGCAUCUGCGACACCGCCGCCUUCCUCACCUGCGCGCCCGCCAGACAGAGGAAUGACCCCCAGCCAGAUUCUGCGCUGCCUUCGGAGUGCGGCUUGGCUGCUGAGAACUCCGACCUGUACAUCGGUGGGUUGGCCAAGGUGCGGGGGGGGACGACAGCCAGCUAUUUCAGCAAUCCUUGGAUGGUAAUUCUGCUCACGCCGAGAGAGGAGCUGAGGUUCGGAAAGGCGCUGUGCGGAGGCGCCAUCAUCACGGAGGACCACGUGCUCACCUCGGCCGUCUGCUUCGACACGUACGGGAGUCACUCUGUCGUGGUCAGGGCGGGCGACUUCAACGUAGACUUUGUCGAGACCAGCUUCGAGGAGGAAUUCGACAUUGACAAAGUCUGGAUUCAUGAGCAGUACAAAGAGCUGGGGAAGUACGAUAACAGCAUCGCCCUCGUCAAGAUCCAGCGGAAGAACGGGAGAGGUUUCAGAUUCAACGAGCGAGUCCGUCCUAUCUGCCUCCCCAGCGCCGACGAUUCCUACGAGAACCUGGAGGCGUGUUCUGUCGCCGGCUUCGGCAGUCGCAGACAAUCCGACCAACAACCGACACAGCCCCGCGAGGCGAGCGUCUCCGUCGUGUCGGACGCGUCGUGCGAGGAAAGGUUCGGCGGCUCGGCUCUCUUCUCCUCCACGGAUAUCUGUCUGUCAGACCCCUCCGGCUUCAUUAGCGCUUGUCCGGGCGAUUUAGGUGGGCCCUUGGCCUGCACGGCAUACGGGAGGAAGGUCCUGUAUGGCAUCAUGUCUGCGCAAACCAGCUGCUUCACCUCCCAGCUUGGACCCUUCAAGGGUGUGCGAGUGUCCAAGUACAUUCGAUGGAUCUUGGAAAAGAUUGAUCCUGCCAGCUGAAGGGACUGAGCCAGCGGGCGGCGGAAGAGCAGCUGGGAUGCAGUACUGACCAAGGUCUAUACUAGGACACACACACACACAUUCACAAAUGGUCUAGGAAUCGAAUCCCUGCCAUGGAGGUACAAUCGAGUGGACAUAAGCUAGUUGGUGGACCACUGAAUUUACAAUCA